GCGAGGCCUUUUCCGCGGAAGAACUGGGGCGAGCUAGAGCCUUAGCAGAUUUGAUUGCAGCCAAGUACUCUCCUGGAGUAAACCACAUCUCAGCAGAUUUGAAAUCACUGUCUGGGGUUGAAAAGCUCAUCAGUAACGAAAGUAACUGUACUUAUCUGUACCUUUCGUAUCAUGAGAGAAGCGUUCGUGCUGCGAUUUUGAAACCGGGUGAAGACACGUACUUCUCAGAGGAAGAAGAAGCUGAUAUCCCCACUUUGAUGGCCGAGCAUGUUGUUGAUUUGGAUGACCUUUUCAACAAAAGCUUCCGCAGCUUUGGAGUGUUACCCAGAGAGCUUUGUGAAGAUCGAUCACUGGAUGACACGGAUUAUCAUGAUGAGAGCUUAGCCCCUUUCCGAGGAAAUGAAACCGCAGACACCGACAGGGAUCUUCAAAUGUUUUACAAAUUGAUUAUUGCUCCUGUGGCCAAUUUACUCACAGGGCCUGAAAUCGUCAUUGUUCCCGAGCGGUCCAUGUUCCGAAUCCCAUUUGCAGCCUUGCGUGAAGAGACUGGCGAGAAAUUUCUAACAGAGAAGUUCAGGAUCCGUAUCGCCCCUUCUUUGACAACUCUCAAGCUCAUUCAGGACAGUCCAGCGGACUAUCACAGCCACACCGGUGCACUGAUAGUGGGCGAUCCGGAGGUUGGCGUGGUGCUCUACAAAGGAGCUCCCAAAGACAUCACAGCACUGCCUUGUGCAAGAAGGGAAGCAGAAAUGAUUGGACGACUGAUGGAUGUCCAGCCUUUGAUAGGAGAGCACGCAACUAAGCAGGCGGUACUCAACGGAAUAGACAGUGUGAGUCUAAUCCAUAUUGCCGCUCAUGGUAACGCAGAAAGGGGACAAAUUGCCUUAGCUCCUAAUCGUAGAACUGAAAGCACUGGUAUUUCGCAAGAAGAAGACUACCUUAUGACCAUGGAGGAUAUUUCAAAAGUUCAACUGCGAGCUAAACUGGUGGUACUUAGCUGUUGUCACAGUGGCCGCGGUCAAAUCAACUGCGAAGGUGUGGUUGGAAUAGCUCGUGCGUUCCUUGGAUCCGGUGCUCGCUCGGUGUUAGUUUCACGGUGGGCCCUGGAGGACACAGCAACGGAGCAACUCAUGAACCAAUUCUACGCACACCUUGCUGAUGGAGAAAGUGCCAGUGAAUCUCUACACCAGGCCAUGAAGUGGAUGAGAAAUAACAGGUUCACCAAAGUUUCGCAGUGGGCUCCUUUUAUGCUGAUUGGAGAUGAUGUGAGAAUUGACCUCAAGAGUAAAGUAAAGAAGACCCUGCUUGUAAAGGACUAGAAUGAAGUCUACAAGAACCAGUUCCAAACAGGCCUGAAGAUUCAUGGCUCUCCUCUCUGUAUCUACCAUUUGAGUAUGGUAUUUUAUGUCUACUUAUAGUGACGUUUUUUUUGGCCAGUAAAGCAGGGGUAGCUUCUGCAUUUAACACAAUUUUUUAGGCUGGUUAAAUUUUUUUUCUUUUGAUUGGCAAAUGAAGGAGUUUAUGGUUGUGAAGAUUUUAUGGAUACAAAAUAAGUCAAAAACUGGUGGCAUGGUGCAUCAAAUGUUUAGUCUUGUCAUGCAACAGGGUCUUUCUGAAUGCAUUGUGUGACAAGACCAAACUUUUGCCUUAAAAGAAACUUGGAA